UGCGUCGGUCUUGGCCCAGAAUCAGAUCCUCACCGCCAGGUCGGCCCAGACCUCUCUCCGUCCGCAACCCAAUCCAAGAUAUCAUGUCAGACAGAGGCCGUGGUGGGCGCAACGCCGGUGGAAAUCGAGGCAAAGGACGCGGAGGAUCAAGUCGAGGUGGAGGCAAUGCCGGCGGAUCUGGUAGCCAGGGCGAGCGAAAGAAGGAGUCCAUCUUGGAUCUGACAAAAUACCUCGACAAGAAAAUCCGGGUCAAGUACGCGGGCGGGCGUGAAGUGGUGGGUGUCCUGAAGGGCUUUGAUCCCCUCCUGAACCUGGUCCUGGAUGAUACCGAGGAGUUCCUCCGGGAUCCUGAGGACAGCAACAAACUGCUGGACGACACCCGCACCCUUGGGCUGGUUGUCUGUCGCGGACCGACAGUGAUCUUGAUCUCACCCUUUGACGGCUACGAAGAAAUCGAAAACCCCUUCCUUGCUGCACAGCGAAUGGCCAUGGCAUCGGCGCAGGAAUAGCGUCGCAAGCGUAUCGCAACCUGUGACUCCAUCGAACUCGCCAUCGAGGCGCAGCCGCAUCCACCGGACUCUGGCCCAUCUGCAUGACAGUGUCCCGGUACGAUCUCAGACUGCAAGAGCACCAGAGCAUUUGGCGAGAAUGCAUCAAGAUAGUGAAAUAUAUGAAUCAUCGAUCAAUGUUGCUCU